CUUUUUUUCAAUCCCAGUAAAAGAGUUUGAGCAGGAACAGAGUUGUGUACAUGUAGCAGGGGGUCCGCUGCAUCUGGGGGUGACUGCUGAUUUUCAGCACGUUUAUUUUUUAUUUAUUUUUUUUCUAUUUUAUUUUCUCAUUAUUUUCCUUACUUCGAGCAAUCCAUUGCACGCGCGCGCGCGCCGAUAUAUUUGGACGUACAGAUUUUUAGUAUAGACCAUGAACAAACUCUAUGUGGGGAAUCUGAGUCCUUUGGUGACCGUGGAGGACCUGAAGCAGCUCUUCGGCGAGAGGAAGCUUCCCGUGACCGACCAGGUCUUGCUCAAAUCCGGCUAUGCCUUCGUGGACUUCCCCGACCAGAACUGGGCGAUUAAAGCCAUCGAAACUCUGUCCGGGAAAGUUGAAUUACAUGGGAAAGUGAUCGAGGUCGACUACUCUGUUCCUAAAAAACUAAGGAGUCGGAAGAUUCAGAUCCGGAACAUUCCUCCUGAUCUCCAGUGGGAGGUUUUUGACAGCCUAUUAGCACAGUAUGGUACUGUAGAAAAUGUGGAACAAGUUAAUACUGAUACAGAAACAGCAGUGGUGAAUGUGACAUAUUCAACAAAAGAAGAGGCUAAAAUAGCUGUUGAGAAGUUAACAGGACAGAGCUUUGAGGAUUACUCCUUUAAAGUGUCUUAUAUUUUGGAUAUGGAUGCUGCUCCGCCUCUACCUGCGACCCGGAAUCGUCGGGGUGGGAGGACAUCACGGGAACAGGACUCCCAGCCCGGGACCUCUGCAGGCUCCCUGGGGCCCCGACAGAAGCAGCCAGACUUCCCCCUGCGCAUGCUGGUGCCCACGCAGUUUGUGGGAGCCAUCAUUGGCAAGGAGGGCCUCACAAUCAAAAACAUCACCAAACAGACACAGUCUAAGGUGGACAUCCAUCGUAAGGAGAACGCGGGAGCGGCAGAGAAGCCGAUCUCCAUCCACUCCACUCCUGAGGGCUGCUCGGCCGCGUGCCGCAUGAUCAUGGACAUCAUGCAGAAAGAGGCUGAUGACACGAAGGUAACUGAGGAUAUUCCUCUGAAGAUCCUGGCCCACAACAGUCUGGUCGGAAGACUGAUCGGGAAGGAGGGCAGGAACCUGAAGAAGAUUGAAGAGGAUACAGAGACCAAGAUUACCAUCUCCUCUUUACAGGACUUAACUAUUUAUAACCCAGAGAGAACCAUUAUAGUGAAGGGGAGCAUCGAGGCCUGUUGUAGGGCUGAAGUGGAGAUCAUGAGAAAGCUGAGAGAAGCCUAUGAGAAUGACUUUGCUGCUAUUAACCAACAAACCAACCUUAUCCCUGGGUUAAGCCUGAGCGCACUGGGCAUCUUUUCAACCGGUUUGUCAGUAUUGCCAACAGCUGCUGGGCCCAGAGGCGUCCCACCUGUACCCCCAACUGGCUACAACCCUUUUCUUGGUCCCUCAUCACAGCUGGGUGGGAUGUACGGUGUCCCACCUGCUAGUGCCAUCUCUCACCAGCACACACAGGCUCCUGAACAGGAGGUGGUCUACCUCUUUAUUCCAACUCAGGCUGUCGGUGCUAUUAUUGGCAAGAAGGGCCAACAUAUUAAACAACUGGCACGAUUCGCAGGAGCCUCUAUUAAGAUCGCACCUGCAGAGAGUCCUGAUGUCACGCAGAGGAUGGUCAUCAUCACUGGCCCACCAGAAGCUCAGUUUAAGGCCCAGGGCAGGAUAUUUGGGAAACUGAAAGAAGAGAAUUUCUUUUCUGCGAAAGAAGAAGUGAAGCUGGAGACACAUAUAAAAGUGCCCUCUUCAGCAGCUGGGAGGGUCAUCGGGAAAGGUGGCAAAACGGUUAACGAGCUGCAGAACCUAACCAGUGCAGAGGUCAUAGUGCCACGGGACCAAACCCCAGACGAGAACGACGAGGUCUUUGUCAAAAUUAGUGGGCAUUUUUUUGCCAGCCAGACUGCACAGAGGAAAAUCAGGGAGAUCAUCCAGCAGGUGAAACAACAGGAGCAGAAGCACCAGCAAGGCGCCCCCGUGACACAACGCUCCAAGUGACCAUCAGUGCAGCCCCAGAGUGUACCUGCCAAUGAAUGUAGCCCUCCCAACUGGAAUCAGACCAGACCAGACUGGACGAAGGGGACCGGCCGGGCAGACCAGCAGCCGUGGGAUCAAAACCAAAGAACUUCUUUCUGGGGGAGAUGAAGGAGCCACGGGCAGAAGGCUCUGAGUGCACUGCCAGCUUUGGGAGGGAGGGAGGGGGGAAGAAAGCGCAAGAAGACAAGUGUUCCUUUUAUCAUUCAAACACACCCUGAGCUUGAGAAGAAUAGGUAUGGGGCGUCUGUUAUCAGGACGGGAAACAUCACAGUCACCCCACGUAAAACAAUUUCUUUAUAAACUUCAAAAUUUAGGCUUAAUCUAGGGUUAACACAGAUAUGAAGCUCCAUUAACAUGUGUACACUGAUACAUUUAAACUGAGUUGUGUUGCUGUUUUCUCGGGUAGGUAAAGUGUGGGUGUGCACUAGCAGUUGGCAACCGAUUUAUUAUUAUUCUUUUUUGUUAUUUUUUGAUGCUCAGAUUGCGAUUUCAAAGAUUCUCAGCCAUAUUCUAACCAGUACACUAGAACAAAUUUACUGUUAUAUCUAAAGCAGAAGCACGAUUCUUCUCGUUUUGCACAAGCCAUCGGGCGUGUAGUGCACAUAUGCGAUCGCCUACGCAUAUAACAUUGUUUUUCAGAUUUCUUGAUGAUGGAAAAAGAAAGUUGGGAAAUGUAAAUGACAGAACGUAUAUUAAUAUCUUAGCCUGUUUGCAUUUUCGGGGAAACACCAUCCAGCUCAACGGAUCCUUGUUACUUAGCCUCUGCGUGCCAACGGAUGCCUAUCUUUCAUUUUUUAAGCUUUUAUCAUUGGUAGUUUUGUUCUUAUUUCUGUCCAGCUCUUACACUCCCUUUUUAGUUUUUCUGCAUUUAGUCAUUUCAUUGCCACCGCAUUCUUGUGGCGGCAGUUAUUACGAGACGGAGUAGGUAUGUGGUAGAUGUGGCUUAGGAGUCAACACCCCUUAUUUGCUUUUGGGGGUAUGAAAAGAAUAUAAAGCAAGCACCAGCGUCUGAAAGACAGCGCACCUUUACUGGCUCGGGCAGAGUGAAAUCCAAUGUGCACCAAGAAUCUGCCUUAAUCUAUGCUGAAAGGAGACGAAAAGAUGGGCGACUCAAAAUGUGAUUGAACGGUCAGGUUGAUGUGGGACGAGGAGGCAUCUUAUGACCUGUGGUACACACAUGGCCGCGCUUGGCUUUAAAUCUCUUAGUCAGGGAGCUUUCUAAACGGCAUGACAGCUGUGAAUGUACAAUAAGCAGCCUUUUAGAAAGAGCACCACCCUGUCAUGUUCAGUAAGCUGGUCCGUCGGCAAGAUUGUUAUUGUUUUGUUU